AUGGAAGAAUCCAUAGAUCAGUGGAUGGAGUAUCUUUCAGUGGUUUGCUCAUUGCUCUCUAUUGGUGCUGUCAAUGUAAGGAUAAAACCUCGAACUGCUUGGAUUGUGUUAAUGAUACUGAUAUGUAUUAUCAAGACAUCCAUCACAUCAUCAUCAUCUUUAGACACAACAGCAACGACAUCUUCGAUCUUAUCAACCAUAACUACAAACUUAGCUACAGUAUCUACAACAAACCAGUCAUCUACAGAGGAAGUAACGCAAACAACAACAAACUUAUCGGAAACAACAUCCGUGACAUCAACACAAUUAUCCUCAACAACUUUACUGACAUCAAGUAUGGUAUCAGAAUCGUCGGCUAGCACAUUCUUACCAAUUUCUAAUUCAAUAACAUCACCAAUAAUAAGUACAACAUCAGCGUCAACAAGUACAACAUUAACGACAACUACUGAAACAUUACCGAUAACGAGUACAGGUACGACAUCAACAACAACAAGUACGACAUCACCAAUAACAAGUACGACAUCACCAACAACAAGUACGACAUCACCAAUAACAAGUACGACAUCACUAAUAACAAGUACGACAUCACCAACAACAAGUACGACAUCACCAACAACUACACAUGAAGUAUCACGAACAACAGGUUCAUCACAAACAAGUACAAUCUCAUUGACAACAAGUACAAUAAGCAUAACAUCACCAACAGUAAAUACAUCACCGACAACAAGUACAACAUCGCCGACAACAACAAGUACAACAUCACCGACAACAACAAGCACAACGUCACCGACAACUACAAGUACAACACCACCGACAACAACAAGCACAACAUCACCAAAAACAACUACAGCAUUACAGAAAACAAGUACAUCAUCAUUGUCAAGUACGUCAUCACCAGUAAGUACAUCAUUAGUGCAAACUAGUACAACGUCACAAACAACAAGUACAACUUUACCGACAACAAAUACAAAAUCAUCAACAAGUACAAAAUCACCCACAAUUACAACAUUACCAUCAAGUACAACAUCAUCAUCGACAACCAGUAUAUCUGCAUCUGUAAAAACAACUAGUGCAGCAUCAUCGACAACAAGUACAAAGACAACGACAACAAUGGCUAAAAGUACAAGACCCGAUACAAGCCUUAUAUCAUCGACACAAACUACGCCUUCUACCAAAACAGAAGUUACGUCUUCAUCGAUAAGUACAGCAACGUCAUCAUCAACACACGCUUCAACAACGCAAAGGAGAACAACACUCACUCCAACAACACAGAGGAGAAUGAAUUUUCAGCUUGAACUGAACGUAAAUGAGACGAGGGAUCUCUCAAAUGAUGAAACUUACGCAAAGGUGGUCAAUGACACAAGGAUUGCACUUACAAAGUUGUACAGAGACACAUUAGAAAAAAGCUUGAAAAUUGAAAUUAAUUCACUCAGAAAAGGGUCCCUGAUCGUGGAUUAUAACGUUUACGUGGAGAAUUCGCCCGCAAUAUUACUUGACAUUGUGAACGUCAUGAAGAAUUUAUCUGAGGGGAAAACCAACUUAACCUACAACGGAAAUGACGUCAAUGCCUUAUCUGUUUCCUAUACAGAUACCUCGAACAAGCAGGUGCCGAUUGAUGGAAGAACGGACCCUAACACAGUUAUUGAUGCAAGCUACUUUUGCCCAUCAAAUGGUCCAUGCCACCGUGGUGAUAAUACCAAUGUUGACAGUGGAUUAACAGAAAGCGAAAUCAUAAUCAUUAGCAGUGUAUCAGCUGUUGGAGGACUGAUUAUAAUUAUUCUGAUAGUAAUUAUUGUCUGUUCGUGCCGCAGUAAAUCAAAGAAGACCACGACAAAUGAUCGACAGUUCAAGCAUUUUCUCUUCUCUAAACAUACUACGGACCUGCUGAACAGUGCCAAUGCUACAAGAAAUAUGGCCAUGGAAAAUAUACCGCCAAGUGUUUAUCCAGAUCCAAACACAAACGGAAAAUAUGCAAUGGUGAAUAGAGUUCCAAGCAGACAACGGGAUCCUUAUGCAACAGGAAACGACUUAACAGAAAAAGAGUUUGGAAACGUAAAAGAAGGUGCCAAGCGUAGCUAUUAUGGCCAGAGUGAUGAGGAAUUAAUUGGCAGACAGUUGGGUGCUUACAAGUUAGGAAACAAAGAAAGUGAGACGUGGUUUCAACAAAGACAACCCGAGAGCUACAUAAAUGAAUACGAAGGCAGAGGGAAUAGAUUUCAAAAUAGACAGCAUGGUGCUUAUAUAGCCAAUAGAAUCCCAAAAGACGUCAGAAUUCCAAGCAGACAAAUGAAUGAACCAAGAAAUAAUUAUGAACAUAACUGGAAUGCAAGAGAACAUCGGAGUACGAACAUGUACGAAGAUAGAUAUAAUUCAAGAGAGGAAAUGAUUCCGAGGAAGAGGCAAGAUGUUUAUAAAAGUGAAUAUGAAUACAGAGAAAAUAGAGCUCAAAAAGUACAGAAUUAUAAUAAUAGAACAGAGUUUCUCAUAAACAAGCAACAAGACAGACCAAGGGGAUCAAGGGAUGAUUUAGAACAUAGUGGAAGAAGAUGGUAUCCAGGCUAUGAACAGUAUGUAGCAGAGAAUAACCUCUGGCACGUUCAAUCUUCGGGAUCCUCUAGAUAGUCCAUUCCCACAAUUUUAAACUUCGGGUCCUCUUGAUAGUCUUUUCACAGAGCUUUUGUUUGUAAAUUGGAUAGUAAGAGCCUCAUGAGUUUGGUUCUUGACUAAUUAAGUGGUCUUUUAUUGCCUUAUGUGCUCAU